GCUGGGGUUAAAGGCGUGUGCCACCACUUCCCCGGCAAUACAUGUAAUUUAAAAAAAAAAAAAAAUUAGUAACUACUGAGAGGAAAAGUAGUUUUAAAGCAGGUGAGGUCCUGAAAAGAACAGACAGAAGUCAUGACCUCAUCCAAUGAUCAGUUGAACCUGUCAUGGGAGAACAUGCCUUUAACCCCAAAGGCCUGCAGAAGCAGGGUACUGAGACCUCUACAAAAAGAAAAAGAUUGCGUGUGAGUUUUGCAAGGCCCAGGAGAGUGAGGGAAGGUCAGGUUUGUGUUUAGGUAGUCCUCGGGAGGUUUGAAUAGACCUAGAGGACCUUAAGGACCUUUUGAAGGAAGGUGUGCAAACAGGCAGAGUAAGAGCUGAGCUACUGGGUCUGUGCCAUUGGCCCUCCUCAGGACACUGUGGUUCCUUAAUUCAGCUGGUUCCCUCUAAGGGAAACUAAGUGGCCUCACCCAGCACCGGUUCUCUCUCGGUUGGUUAGGCAGAAAAGAUGUGAAUGCUCAGCUUUAUAGGAGCUGUGCAUUGAUCCCUCCUAGCCAGAGGUGGUAGACAAAUAAUAAUCCGUGUACAUUGAGCACCACAUUGGUUCCAGAAGUCCUGUAGGGGUUUGAGAGGAUUCCUUUCCUGCUCCAAGUCAGGAGCUUCCAAUGGCUCUACAGAAGCUCCUCUGGCAAGCAGCUGAAGAUGGGAACCCCGGGUGCUUCUAGGCCUUCUGCCACUUUGAUGGAUGAGGUUGGCACCACUCCAGCAGUAAUCCUGAGAGGAAAGGGACAUCAUCGCCACUGUGUUUCCCUAAGUCUUGAAUCCAUGUUGCUUCCUAGAGCAGUUGGCAUGUUAAAAGCACCUGGAAAAGAUUUCAACGUUGGUGUCUGCAGAAGCAACCCCUCUGGGUGCCCACAGCCAGGGACCCAGGUCAGGGAAACCUACUGUUGUUGCUCAAGGAAAGGGAAGAUGAAUGCUUUGUUACCUAGGUCUGUUUAAUUCGAGCCUGCUGGGCAUCCCGGCUACUCUGUGGCAUCAGAUGCUGGUCUGGAGAUCUGAACCAGGAUCCUCUGCCAGAUCUUUAAAUAGCUGCCUCAUUGGUCGGACCUCCCUCCUGGCCAGCAGCACUACAACCAACAGUUCUGGGUAAGCCUCCUUCAGGAGCUCACGGGUCUCACCUCCUCCUGUUUGCUCUGGUUCUCCCUAUGUAGGAGGUGGGGAGAGGUCCUGUCAGUUCAUCAGCACUUACAGGCUAGGAGUAUCUGGAUGUUAUGGGACAGUGACAGUGACUUUGCCCAGGAAUGAGUGACAAUUGGUUAUUUUCAGUAAAAUCGGGAUAACAAUUAUGUCUCGGGAUUAAAAGGAUUAAAUGUACAUAAAAGACUUCACAGGGCACUUGGGUACCGAUUGUCUUUGUUUCUUCUGGUGCCUGCUCCUGAUCUUUCUCAUAUAUUUAUAUAUUGCCUAUGCUGACACAUUCAUUUAUUCCCAUCAUUCUCCUCCUGCAAACAAAGCCACCACCAUUUUGUAAGGGGUUCCCUCCGAACAUGACAAAGAAAGGAAAUUAUUUUAAAUUCAUAUCCUGUAACUGACAGUGUUCCUUUAAUUUCAUGUGGGAGGUAGGUAAGAGGAACUGUUAAAUCUCCUCAGCUCCUAGUGAUUCCAAAGAGGGCUACUUUCUCUUUAAAUGCAAAUCAUCUCCAGCCAGCUUAGCUCCCUCCAGCUCUAGUUCCCCGGAGGAGAGAGAAAGCUGGGUGGAGUGGAGGGAGAUUGCAAAGAAGCACUGUUCCAGACCCCAAACCUCCAGACCUGAGUUCCAACAACACCCAAUGGAAGACAAAAAGAAGAAACGGAGCCCUAAGCCCUGCCUGACCCAACCAGCACAGGCCCCAGGCACACUGCGCAGAGUCCCUGUGCCCACCAGCCACAGUGGCUCCUUAGCUCUGGGACUCCCUCAUUUGCCAUCACCCAAGCAGCGAGCCAAGUUCAAGAGAGUAGGUAAGGAGAAAUGCCGACCAGUGCUGGCUGGAGGUGGAGGUGGAGGUGGCUCAGCAGGCACGCCCCUGCAACACUCUUUCCUGACAGAGGUGACUGAUGUCUAUGAGAUGGAGGGGGGCCUACUGAACUUGCUCAAUGACUUUCAUUCAGGCCGCCUGCAGGCCUUUGGGAAGGAAUGUUCCUUCGAGCAGUUGGAGCAUGUUCGGGAGAUGCAGGAGAAGUUGGCCAGACUGCACUUCAGCCUGGAUGUGUGUGGGGAGGAAGAAGAUGAGGAGGAGGAAGAGGAUGGGGUCACAGAAGGCUUGCCUGAGGAGCAGAAGAAGACAAUGGCUGACCGAAACCUGGACCAGCUGCUUAGCAAUCUAGAAGAUCUUAGCAAUUCCAUACAGAAGCUACACCUGGCAGAGAAUGCCGAGCCUGAGGAGCAGCCAGCGGCGUAGAAGUCGCUUAGCCUAGACUCUUCUGCUUCUCUCCUUCUCUUCAAACUGUGACUUUUUACGGAUUCGGGAGCCCCUAGGUGCUAUAGGGUCGGGGGGGGGCACUGAUUGGAAUUAAACAAAUGGAAAAGCGA